UUAGAAGCUGAUACAGUUGGAUUCACAGGUGACACCUGUGCCAGUGUUCUGAAGAUGUAGACGGGUUCAGUCAGAGAAUGUCUAAUAAGGGCUCCGUAAACGGGCUCUGGUUCAGUUCAUCUCGAUGUGCUCGUCUGCCGGACGUGAUGUCACCAGGAAACGUGUGUGACCACCACCCGGCGCUAACACGAGGGUUGAGCAAAUGCAAUGUUAUCAUUAGUCUAUGGAAAACAAACAGUUAGUACAAUAUAAUGGAAGAAACAGCGAACAAAAAAGUACUUACGUAUAUAUGUUCGUUUCCGGACUGUAACGCAAGCUACAACAAAGCAUGGAAGCUCGAUGCUCAUCUUUGCAAGCAUACUGGAGAGAGGCCGUUUCAGUGCGACCACGAAGAUUGUGGGAAAGGUUUCGUCACCAAAUAUCAUCUUGCUCGACAUAAGCUAAGCCAUAGCGGUGUGAAACCUUUCAGGUGCUCUGAGGUGGACUGCACUGAGACCUUCACAACCGGACAAAACUUAAAGAAGCACAUGUCCCGUAAACACAAACCGGGGCAUCUUUACAAGUGUUCAUACGAUGGCUGUGGUCAAGAGUUCCGCAAGAACAGCCAGCUGAAGUCCCACAAAUCUGAACAUACCCAGCUCCUGUCGUUCUUGUGUACUUUUGAAGGAUGUGGCAGACAACUGGCCACAUCAAGUAGUCUUCGUCGCCAUGAGAAAGUCCACCGGGGCUACCCUUGCUCAGAGGAAGGCUGUUCCUUUGUGGGGAAAACAUGGACUGAGUUAACUAAACACCGCAAGGAAAUGCAUCGAGCUCUGCACAAGUGUGAUCAGUGUGACAAGAGCUUCCAUUACACCUGGUUCUUGCGGCAGCAUCAGAGGAUUCAUUUAAAGGAGCGUGUGGUUUUCAAGUGCCCCAGGGAGGGAUGUCAGCGAUCCUACACCACACUCUUCAACCUCCAGUCUCACAUAUAUUCUUUCCAUGAGGAACUACGUCCUUUUGCAUGUACUCAUGCAGCCUGUGGCAAGACCUUUGUGAUGAAGCAAAGUCUACAGCGACACCUGGUGACCCAUGAUCCUUUAAGACGCAAACAGGAGAAGAAACCUCGGAAGAUCAAAAAACGCACUGAGAGGAAACCGAGGAAACCAAGUAACAUCUUAAAAGGAUCCCUGGUGUCUCACCUUAGCGGCUUCCACCCCGAAAGCAAUUGUGAUCCCAAAAGCAAUUGUGAUCCCAAAAGCAAUGGCAAUCCCGAAAGCAACUGCAACAUCAGCAUUUUGGACACAAGUAGACUCAUUCUUGAAUCUGUACAGAGCACUUUUCCUAAUUCUGCCCAUGCUGGACAGUGCAUUGGAGUAAAGACUGCAUAAUUCUUACCAACCAGUGUUUGCAGGCUAUGGAUAUGAAAUAGGAACCAUGCCUUUCAGGAAGAUGAAGCUGUGAAACUGUUCUGUUAGGUUAGAACGUCAUCCUGAGUUUUAAUUUAUGUUUCAGAAGUUCCUUUUGUUGUGUCUUUGUUUUGCUUAAGGAAGCAACUGAACUGAACUGACUUUAGUGGUAUGUGAAUGUAUCAUUUGCUUUGCUUUUAAUCAAGUUGUUUAUUCAUGAAGUUACAUUAAGUAUUCCUCUCAAUUGUCUCCGUCUGUUAUAGAUGUGUGUAUUAUGUACACAAAACUAAAUAAAUGCAAUAUUUCUUUAA